AUCGAGGAGUACGGACUCACUGCAUCGGAGUGUGAGGCCGCGGAGAACCUGUUAGUCAGACAGGCCCAGUUGGAGUCGUUCCCCGACGAGAUGAGGUCGGCGGAAUGCGGAAAGGACAGUUGAUGCCGCGCUGUGCAUGCCGUACAGUGCGAGGAGGCCCGUAAUACUGUCACACAGGCACAGUCUUACGGAUUUGAUUGUGAGGGACUUUCAUGCCCAGAUGAAGCAUCAAAACGUGGAUGCGACGAUUGCUCAGAUUCGGACGAGAUUCUGGGUCACGAAGAUGAGACGAGUGCUGAAGGAAGUAAUCUCGUCGUGCAACGAGUGCAAGUUGCAGCGAACGCGGCCGAUGCCGCCGAUAAUGGGACCCCUACCAGAGGAUCGACUGGAAGCGGGAGGAUGGCCAUUCAAGUACACCGGAUUGGACUACUUUGGGCCACUGCUGGUGACUGUAUCCCGUCACAGAGAGAAGCGGUGGGUCGCCUUGUUCACAUGCUUGACGACAAGGGCGAUUCAUCUGGAGUUGGCUCAUGACCUGUCGACGGAUUCCUGCAUAAUAGCGAUGAGGAACUUCGUCUGCCGUAGAGGACCAGUACAUAGACUGCGGAGUGAUAACGGCAAGAACUUCGUGGGAGCUGACAGGGAGGCCAAGCGAUUUGGAGACGUGUUCGAGACGGAGAGGAUACAGAGUGAGUUGUCCAGCAGAAGCAUUGAAUGUGAUUUCAAUUGCCCAUCGAACCCGUCUGAGGGCGGAGUAUGGGAGCGGAUGGUGCAGUGCGUCAAACGAGUGCUGCGUCAUACCCUGAAGGAAGUCGCGCCGAGGGAUCAUGUGUUGGAGAGUUUCCUGAUCGAGGCGGAGAAUGUAGUCAACUCGCGUCAGCUCACCCACUUGCCGGUGGAUGCGGACCAAGAGGCGCCGUUGACGCCAAAUGAUCUGCUCAAGGGAGCAGCUACCUGCCGAAUACGCCUGGAUUGGAUGCGGAGCUGCCCAAGGAGGGUUCUACGCGAAAGCAGUGGAGGAUUGUUCGCAUGCUGCGAGAUCGUUUCUGGAGGAGGUGGGUCCUGGAGUACCUGCCUACGCUUGUGCGCCGCGAGAAGUGGUGCCGGAGAACGGAGCCCAUCCGCCAGGGCGAUAUGGUCUUCGUCUGCGAUCCUGCCUUGCCCAGACGAGAGUGGCGCAAGGGAAUCGUGGAGGAGGUCUACAGCGGAGCUGAUGGAGUCGUCAGACGCGCUACUGUGCGCGUGAACGACAAUGGCCUAUCUCGGAUAAUGUUGCGGCCCGUCUCAAAACUUGCAGUUUUGGAUUUGAGUGAAGCGGUUCUUCACGGGGUCGGGGAUCUCGACGGUCGAACAUUAUAAUCGAUAGGUAGACUAAGUAUUGUAAGAGAAAUCUAGUAUUUGUUAAUUUAUCCGAUCUCGUAUGGAUUUCUUGGCCCUUGAAGUGCGGGCCUACUAAUAUCGGUUUAAUGGAUGCCGCCAUAAAUUGUGCUUUUCAUUGUCUUGUGAAUCGUAGGAGGGCACACUGCGGUAAGAUUAAGUUAGUUUGAAAUGUAUGAGGCUGAUCUGAAUUGUUAACAGAAUAAAACGACUGCCACGAGCGCCACCAGGCGCACGCCGCCCUUAAA